UUUAGUUUUAGAUAAAAAUAAAAAUAUCGACAAAGAUCACUGAGAACAAAGUCAAAACAAAACAACUCAUAACUGUAAACAGAUGGCUCUUAAACGUUUGAAUAAGGAAUUACAAGAUAUAACAACAGACCCACCACCAGGUUGUUCUGCAGGGCCAGUAGGAGAUGAUUUAUUUAAAUGGGAAGCAUCAUUAACCGGUCCAGAAGACAGUCCGUAUAAAGAUGGUAUAUUUUUCCUCUCAGUACAGUUCCCUACAGAUUAUCCUUUUAAGCCACCAAAAGUAGGAUUUAAAACAAAGAUAUAUCAUCCAAACAUAAAUAGUAGUGGAGCUAUAUGCUUAGAUAUUCUAAGAUCUCAAUGGUCACCAGCAUUAACAGUAUCAAAAAUUUUAUUGUCACUGCAUGCCUUAAUGACAGAACCAAACCCAGAUGAUCCAUUGAUGCCUGAUAUAGCCAAGUUAUACAAGACUGAUAGGAAAAAAUACAUGCAGAAUGCUCGGGAAUGGACCAGAAAAUAUGCUACCUGAUCAGAUUUCAGAUCUAAUAAAUAACUGUGAUAAUUUAUUUUAAUGAAUCUGACUGAAAAUGUUUACGACAAAUCAUCAUGUGUUUGUGAAAUAUUGUAUACCCCCUUUUUAAAAAAAAAAUAAGAUACAAAUGUUUUGGUUUUUCAUUUUGUUUUGUUUGUUUCAGUAAUACAUUUGUAAUAUCUGUCAUUUCUCAUGUGUAAUUAGUGUGAACAUUUAUAUUGGACAAAAAAAGGGAAUUCAUUUAUUUUAUGACUGUUUAUUUCCGUAAACAUGAGCUUUAUUUAGAAUAAAUCCUUAUUGACAAAAGAUGAAAAGAUAAAAAACUUUUAUAGAAGUAACGGUUGUAUAACUUUCCUAUUUAUACAUAUCAAUAUUUACAUCUUUUAUCGUUCCUAUUUUUGCCUUGUUUAAUUAUGUUUUCUACAAGUCGACAAUUUCAACCAGUGCAGUAAUACUAUUGAACAUUUACAACGUCAAUGAAAACACCAUAUAUAUGUUAUACUUGUUGUAAAUAUUGUGGUAUGAAGUCAUUUAAAACAGUAUUCUGAUUCUUAUAUUCACAAUAGAUAUCAAUGUACAUUAAAAUAAUAAAAAAUCUUUUCUAAA